UAAUAACAAAGCCGAAUUUCUAUUUUGGCGUAUGAACCAAUAAGAUUUGAGAAAUGGUCGAGUCCUUCUCACCGCCUCUUAUGUACAACAUGAUCAUUCACUAUCAAACCGAUAUCUUAUCAACCGGUUUAAAAUUUAGGAUUCUCCAAUUACUUCUAACCAAAUUCAACUUUUCAAAUUUUCGAAAAUAUAAGAUACUACGAUGGCAAUUCCACAAGAUAUUUGUUUAUAGCUUGUGAAAGCGAAACAAAAAUGCUAAACCCUGCAUGGUCCGUGGGACAUAUCAAUGGUUAAGCAUGUUGACUCAAUUGUUAAGGAAUCUAAAUCCCAUAGACUCGCCAUUUAUUAUUAACUUGGCAACAUUAUAAGUUUUCUCAUUCUAUAGUCUUUUUAGUUAACAUGAGUUUAUCACGAAACAACCCAUAUAUAAUUAGUUAAUUAGUUCACGUUUGUAUAUACAUUAUUAUGUUAGAUCCAUCUCUAUUUCUAUAGUGUAAGGUACUCUAACCUUAGCCCAGUUGAUUACGAGUGUAAUUUUUUUGUUUGUGCUAAAUUUUUGGAUUUCACGAGUAAAGCUGAUGCGUCUUUUAUUCAGUUUACGGUAUUGAAAAUUUGUAAACAAAAGGAGCUAAAAAAUCGGCUAAGUUAACUUGUAGGAUAUGUAAGGUGCCUUGUUAAUGAGGAAAGAAACAUACCAUAGAAAUACAAAAAAAAAAGAGUCAACAUCAAAGACAGUAACACCAAGUACGUCUGGUCUCUAGAGUUUUCGCUUGUUCGUAAUAACCACACACCAAAUUUUCUCCUUAACUUCCACCCUCUCUCUCUCUAUAAAUGUCCACACACUACUGCCAUUAAUCAUAUGCUCACUUUCAUUCUCUAAAACAGCUGUUACUUAAUGAUCAUGUCUCUAGAGAUUCAACAAAUGGAUGAAGCAAACCGGUUAAGCGUGUGGAAUGGAUACGUAGAUUGGCGAAAUAGACCAGCGUUGCGUGGCUACCAUGGUGGUAUGCUUGCUGCCUCAUUUGUCUUGGUUGUGGAAGUUUUGGAGAACCUUGCGUUCUUGGCAAACGCGAGCAAUCUAGUAUUGUAUCUGUCAACAAAGAUGGGCUUUUCGCCGUCAGGAGCCGCAAACGCAGUAACUGCUUUCAUGGGAACGGCGUUUUUCUUGGCCCUUCUUGGUGGAUUUUUAGCAGAUGCUUUCUUCACCACUUUCCAUAUCUAUCUAGUCAGCGCCGCCAUCGAAUUCUUGGGCUUAUUGGUACUAACGGUCCAAGCACACGAGCACUCCACCGAGCCAUGGGCUCGUGUAGUUCUCUACGUGGGUCUAUACUUAGUAGCUCUCGGUGUUGGAGGUAUAAAAGGCUCGUUGCCACCUCACGGAGCGGAACAGUUUGACGAAACAACACCGACUGGGAGGAGACAAAGAUCCUUCUUCUUCAACUACUUCAUUUUUAGCCUCUCGUGCGGUGCCUUAAUAGCGGUCACGGUCGUGGUCUGGCUCGAAGACAACAAAGGCUGGUCUUAUGGGUUCGGUGUUUCCACGGCCGCGAUCUUGAUCUCGGUUCCGGUUUUCUUGGCCGGUUCCCGCUUUUAUCGCCUCAAGGUUCCUAGUGGAAGUCCCAUCACGACUAUGUUCAAGGUCUUAACCGCUGCUUUAUAUGCUACGUUUAAGAAAAGAACUUCAAGAAACGUAGUUACGUGUCAUACAAGAAACGAGUGCAACGACAAUAUUGCCAAGGGAAAUGCCGAGGGAGAUGGAUCGUUCCUCGAUGAAGCCUUGAGAGAGCGUGAAUCGUUACCUGGACCGCUCCGUUGCACGGAGGAACAAGUGAAAGACGUGAAGAUAGUCAUCAAGACUUUACCAAUUUUCAUGUCGACCAUUAUGCUUAACUGCUGUCUAGCUCAGCUCUCGACGUUCUCCAUCCAACAAGCUUCGACCAUGAACACGAAGCUCGGGUCAUUAACCGUCCCACCUGCGGCAUUACCUGUUUUCCCAGUCGUCUUCACAAUGAUCUUAGCUCCAACGUACAACCACCUCCUCCUCCCUCUCGCUAGAAAAACAACCAAAACCGAAACAGGCGUAACCCAUCUCCAGCGCAUUGGGACAGGACUCGUCCUCUCUGUAGUCGCAAUGGCGGUCGCAGCCUUGGUCGAAAUGAAACGCAAGCUCGUUGCUAAAGAGGUUACUUGCUGCUCAAGCAACAACGUAUCUUCCUCUUACUCUUCGCCGCUUCCCAUAACGUUUCUUUGGAUAGCUUUGCAAUAUGUGUUUCUUGGAUCAGCGGAUCUCUUCACUUUAGCAGGUAUGAUGGAGUUUUUCUUCACCGAAGCUCCUUCAACGAUGCGUUCCCUAGCGACCUCGCUCUCUUGGACGUCUCUUGCGAUGGGAUAUUACUUGAGCUCUGUUCUCGUCUCGGCUGUUAAUUUCGUCACGGGUUUGAACCAAAACAAUCCAUGGCUUUUGGGGAAGAAUCUGAACGAGUACCACCUCGAGAGAUUUUACUGGCUCAUGUGUGUGCUUAGUGGGAUUAAUUUCUUGCAUUAUCUCUUUUGGGCUAGGCGUUAUGCGUACCGGUCCAACCAAAACUAGCAUGUGUAUUGAGCUUGUUAUAGAGGGUACCUUGUUGUCUGUUAACUAGUAAUCCAUUAUGGCUAGGGUAUGGUUUCUUGGAGAAGAAGUUAUCAUGAUGCUAGAGUAAUUUUUACGGUCAGGAUUAUAAGUUUAAUUAGCAUUAAUCUUAUAUUGUCCAUGGAAAUGUGAUUAAUAAAAUUAUUAAGACA